AUGGAGUCGGCCAUGAGUCCUCGGUUGGGAGUUGGCUCAGACGCCGAGAAGCUCUCAUCCCCGAGGACUCCGAAGAAGAAGCCUUCUCUCCGUGCGGAAGACGAAGUUGUGGCGGAUUUUGGCAUCUUAUGUUUUCAAGCGAGUAAAAGGGAAUCCUUCUUUGACUCACGAGGAUGGUUGGAUUCUGACUCCGAAGAUGACUUUGUCAGUGUCAACGGAGAUUCAACUCCUUUCAGCUUCAGUACAAACAAAGCAUUCUCUGCUGAUACAUUUCCUGACACCACAUCUGAGCCUUCUUCAGCUAUUGCAAAAGGGAAAUUUGUCGAUCUUCUUCAGGAGAAUCCUUCUUCUGAGAGUGAAAUCAAUGGAAAGCCAGAGUUCUCUGAGAUUGAUGCCACCUUACUCCCUGGAAUCCCUCACGAUGGGACUUCCCAUGUCGCUGACGUUCCAACUCCCAGUAAAGAUAAGAGGAGUGGAAAGUGUUGCUUGUUGCCUUUGCUGUGCAGACUAAGCUUCAAGGAGAGAAGGAAACAGAAGAUGAUGAACUCUUUUCACUGAAGUGGCUGUUGUUUGCUACCACAAGCAAUCAUUUUCUUCACAUCAGGGAACCAAAUCUUAUAUGACUACUCUACUGAGAUAUAUGUUGUCUUGCAUUUCUAUAAAA